AUGGCGCCGGCUCUUUGCGCAAUCUGCAAGACGCAGCGCGCCAUGAUCAAGCGGCCCAAGAACCACCAGAAACUCUGCAAGUCUUGCUUCAUCCAGAUAUUCGAAGAUGAAGUUCACCACACCAUUACUUCGUCAAGACUGUUCUACCCUGGCGAAAAGGUCGCCAUAGGCGCUUCUGGUGGUAAAGACUCUACGGUGCUAGCAUCCGUGUUAAAGACUUUGAAUGAGCGCUACGACUAUGGCCUAGACCUGGUGCUACUAAGCAUUGACGAGGGUAUCAAGGGCUAUCGAGAUGACUCGUUGGAAACGGUUAAACGCAACGCUGUACAGUACGACAUGCCUCUCAAGAUUGUUGGCUACGAUGAACUCUACGGCUGGACCAUGGACCAAGUCGUGGAGACUAUUGGUAAAAAGGGCAACUGCACAUAUUGUGGUGUGUUUAGAAGGCAGGCUCUUGAUCGGGGUUCCAAGAUGCUGGGGAUCAAGCACGUCGUGACUGGCCACAAUGCUGAUGAUGUGGCCGAGACGAUAUUGAUGAAUCUUUUACGUGGAGACUUGUCCAGACUCUCGAGGAGCACCAGUAUCGUCACUGGCAGCGAUGCAAGUGAGGUCAAGAGAAGCAAGCCCUUGAAGUACGCAUACGAAAAGGAAAUUGUGCUGUAUGCACACCACAAAAAGCUCGACUACUUUAGCACCGAGUGCCUGUACAGCCCCGAGGCCUUUCGAGGGAGUGCUAGGAGUUUAAUCAAGAACCUCGAAAAGGUCAGACCCAGUGCAAUUCUAGACGUCGUCCGGAGUGGCGAGGACAUGGCAAGGUUAGUCCCGGGCCAAGCAGCAGAUGCCUGCGGUUGUAAAGGAAAGACGGCCACGGCUGCAAAGGCAGCAGAGGAAGAAAGCGUGGGCGGCUGUGGUUCAGCUGUUGGUCGGGGCGCUGGUGGUGAAAUGGCCAUCAUGGAGAAGCAGCUGCGUGAAAACGAAAAGGCUGAAGAAGCAGAUCUCGAGACGGAGGUGACUGUGCCAAAGGCUCCGGCUCCAGCUCAACGACAUGACCGGUCAAAGCAAAACAUAACUGGCCCAGCCGGAAACAGCGUCAGUGUACCACUGAGGCCGAAGCAGAAACUGGGCACAUGCGAACGCUGCGGUUACAUGUCAAGCCAAAAGCUCUGCCAAGCCUGCAUGCUGCUCGAUGGACUGAACAAGAACCGCCCCGAGAUUAGUAUAUGA